CUGAGGAAACAGGUGGAAGAACUGUCUGUCCGUCACAGAUUUUGCUUGGGCAGAUUUGCUGCAUCAGACGAUGACAUACGGUUCUACACUAGGUAAGAUUUAAAACUUAUAAAUAAUAUUAUAUCAUUGUUAGGAUGCUGUAUUAUAAUUUUCUGGUCUUUGCAUAAUACAGUAUGUCCAUGUAGAUAUUUUAUUUACAUGUCAGUAAACCCGUAUACUAUACAAGUAAGCUACAAUACAAUCUAAAAGUAAGAUAAAACUGUUGGUCAUUUUGUGAUGUGUAUUAUCUCAAACAUGUCCCACAUCUUAUGUAGGUUUGUGACGUACAAUCACUUGAUGGUGUUCUGGAGACUCAUUGAACCUGCAUCCCACAACAUGGUUCGUGUGACCAGAGCAAGGGCAGCUACAACUAGGAGUGAAGGUGGAGCAUCAGGCAAUGCAUCUGGUCAAUGCCUGCAGCCCAUAGAUGAGUUUUUUCUCUUCAUGGUUCAUCUCUCAGUUGGUCUGACACAAAGGGAUCUGGCUCACAGAUUUGAUAUUCAUCAGUCCACCGUGAGUCGAAUUAUAACAACCUGGGCAAAUUUUCUUUAUACCGUUCUUGGAUCAGUGCGCAUCUGGAUGUCUGAGGAGGCGGUCAAGGCUCACAUGCCAAAGGAGUUCCAGGACUAUCCAGACACACAAGUGGUGAUCGACUGCACAGAGCUGCGGUGCCAAACUCCAUCCUCUCUCCUGCUUCAAAGUGAAGUGUUCUCCUCUUAUAAAUCCCACUGCACCUUCAAGGGGUUAAUUGGUAUGGCACCACAUGGCGCAGUCACCUUUGUGUCAUCCCUGUAUGCAGGAUCCAUCAGUGACAAGGAGCUUCUCAAGCAGUCUGGGAUUGUGUCUCUGCUGAAACCUGACAUGGCUAUUAUGGUCGACAAAGGUUUUCUCGUGGAUGACUGUGUGCCAUGCAAAGUCUACAGACCUGCUUACCUGUCAAAAAGAGAACAGUUGAUUAAAUGUGUUGAUUAAAUGUGAACAAUUUUAAUAAUGUGUCUGUAAAUAAAUAAC